AUAAAGAUGAUGACUGAGACAAAUGAUCAGACACAUUUGCUUCCUGUUCGAGAAAUCUUCAAAGAUACUUUUAAGAAAAUAUACUCUGGAUUAAACGAUCUCAAGGACUAUAUUCCGAAUGACGCCAUCAGGUCUUACACGGAAGUGACGUCACAGCUGAAGGCGCUGGAGGAACAUGUGAAAGAUCUGGUGGUUCAAAGAGGGUCGUCAGUAUCCGAAAUAUCUCUUGUGAACCAAGCAGAUCUCCCUGAGGAGAAAUGGGAGCCCCUGGGUCAAGGUUCAUUCGGGGCGGUGUUCAAAGUCCGCUACCAGGGAAGUGAUUCAGCCAUCAAAAUAUUCACAACGGACGCGAGUUCCAAACUGAGGGAGAAGGAUGCAGAAACUAAUCUUCUCAGAGGCCUCAGUCACGACAACAUCAUCGCCUACAGGGGCACCGGAUACGUUACUACGGAGAGACUGAAGGAACUCACUCAGAACGACCUUGAACUUGAGGACUGCGAAGACUCCAUGCGGUUCAUCAUUAUGGAGUACAUUGAGAGGAACCUUGACACAUAUGUUGCGCGGAGCAAAACACCCGAUGCACCGGGCUUGACCGUUCAGGAGACAUGGAUAAUUGGUCAGAAAAUCGCCAGUGCCCUGAACUAUCUCCAUGGUAACGGAAUCGUUCACAGAGAUCUGAAGCCAGACAACAUCCUGUACGACUCUGGAAAAAGGAUCGUAAAGGUCGCUGACUUUGGCUUGGCUUGGAGAAACGACUUCGUCAACACAAAGUACGUGUUCGGAUCCACCGGCUCUCAGCGGGGCUUGAGUCUCAGCUCAAAAAUGGCCACGACAGGAUCUACGCGAACCUACAAGCAUGUACGAUGGGGCCCACCUGAACUGUUUGACGAGGACUCAAUAAAAGAUGUCCCUGCCCUUGACCGCUACAAGAGAGGAGAUAUUUGGUGUUACGGGAUGAUCAUGGCAUUCCUCGUUACUGGGCAGAAACCCUUCGCCAACUUUAUGACGGAAGACAUUGAUAGAUCGGACCUGGAAGGAACUGGGGUAACUCCAGUUCGCCUUCCCCACAACCUCCAGCCCGAACUGAGGGUCAUCAUAGAGAGCUGCAGACAGGUCAAGGCUGAGGACAGACCGACUGCACAGGUGUUGCUGAGAAAGUAUGACAAAGAAAUGAAAGAAACGUUUCUGAAGUCGCCCGAAGAGCAGGAAUUCUUCACGUGUGCCUUUAUGCACAAGACUGACAUCUUUGUUGCCGAUUCAUGUGUAUCUGAGCACGCUGAAGGAUUUUUCAAGACCAGGAUUCGACCACAAGGAUACGACCACUCGUUUCUCCUGUGUCCUGUGCAGACUGAGGAUGCUCCGUAUCACCCGACUCCACCUUCAGAUGAAUGGGACCAUUUCACAGCAUACAACGAUAGUUAUGCUGAGUUUAGAAAGAAGGCCAGGAAGAAGGAGAUCGAUGACAACCCAUUUGUAUCCCUGAAGGGUUUGAAUAUCGCCAGACCAGGAGCCGAGGAAAUCCAGCUCCUGGAGCUCAGGUAUGUCCAGUCGACCUACUGCCACCACCGAGCUAUGAGGGAGGUCUGGAUGAAGGAAUUGACCCCAACGGAGCGCCAUGUGGAGGUGCCCUGCAAGGCCAUCGUUCACCCUUUCUAUAGCACGUCCUUUGGCCUUCAUGUGGCUAUCCUGACCAAUGAGGGACCGGACAAACACCAAAAGUUCAUUUUCUGUCGCAGGGCAAGACGUGCAGGUGUCUCAAGCCCCGGUGUCCUCACAUGUGGAGCUGUAGAGAGCUGCUCAAUCAACGAUUUCGUUGAUGCACCGGAAGGUGAUGGUAAACGGGUUGAUCUGCUCAAAACUGCCGCUAGAGGUCUCCACGAAGAGCUAGGUUUGGAACUGACCGGAAGUGACCUCGAUGCCAUUACCCUUAAUACCGUGUACCUCAAGUUUGACACUCACGAAUGGGGGAUGUGUGGAUUUGUGGAUCUCACUGAUGACCGGAUCAGCCAGGACCAUUCGAUCAGUGGUCAAAACCUGGAAGCGAGAUUUCUGGGUGGAGCCAAGGACAAAUUUGAACAUGAUGCCAUUGUGAAAAUUGAUUUCCAACUGGACACCAUGGUCGAUUUUGUCUUUGAGAAACACCAUGAAUUUGCCAGUUCCGCGAAGCUGGUAGUUGUGAAAGUUCUUCAGGCGUUUUUUGGCGUUGAUGCUGUCCAGCGAGCAUUUGAGUUGAAAGGGGAGUAAAAUUGCAUACGGUAUGACUCGGGUUCAAAUCACUCCGGUCAGCAACUGAUUAAAUAUACUGCACGAUUUAACCCUGAUUUUCAUACUGAAGAACAAAACGAACGAUAUUUUUCGGGUCGGCCCGAGUCCACAUCAUUCCGGUUUUCAACUGAUUAAAUAUUCUGCACGAUU